UGUGUGUUUGUUGGCCUGGCCUGCAUCCGGCAUGAUCCAGUAUCACAGUCGUACGUCAAACACGACCUCAAAUCCAACGAUGGCACGCCUCAGAUAAAACUACUACCGGACCGGUGCGAUCUUCUUUCCGACGUUGUUGAACCGGUUUGGCUUUUUUCCCUUCUUUUCGGUACCCCUGCGAGUCUCUCUCUAUGCCGAUGGGGAAGUACAGCGAUGUGUAGGAACAGGUUUGCGCGAGCACCACCCAUCCCAAGGGAUACAACGGCCGGGUGAUGCUUUUUACCGUGUCUUCUCAACCCGGAGUGUUUACUGAUGAAAUUUGAAUCGGUUGAUGGGUUCUUUGGAGUCAGAGCCCCUCGUUUGCUCAGUUGUGUGCGUAAAGAGAAAAGGGGAAACGUUAAAAUACAUCGCCGUGGUGAUAGUUUUAAGUAACUGCCGAGUGAGCAAGCGACGAACGUGACGAUGAUUUAGUGUGCGCUGUAGAACAAUAGGGGCUUGUUUGCCUACUUAAAUAGGAAGUUUCGACUUUGCACUUACUAAACCGUGGACAUGAAUCUCAAUGGUAAUUUAACAAAAUGAAGUUUCUUGUGCUGUGUACGCUCGUAGCCGGUGCUGCUGCAGGAUACUCCGCCUCUACCUACCGGGAUGGCAAAGCAACAGGUUACAACGGCGGCUACACGACGCACUUCUCCGGACCGAACGGUGCCGGCGUGGCGGUAGGAACUGGCACCGGUAGCUUUGCGCCCGGGUUCGCCGGCUUCCCCGGCCCGACCGUAGACUUCAACAACUUCUUCCAGGGCAUCCAGGCGAACUUUGCAAACUCGAUGACGCAAUCCUAUUCUGAGCCGGGAGCGACGGCAUCAGCGUCAUCAUCACUCCUGGAUCCCGCAUGGCGCAAACCAACGUAUCAACAGCACAACUUGUAUCAGCAGCAGUUUGCUCUGCAGCAAGCUCUGUUCCAGCAGCAGCAGGCCGCCUUUAAUGGAGGGUUCGGUGGUGCUGGUUUCGGAGGUGCUGGUUUCGCAGGCGCUGGAGCCGGUACCGGCUUUGGUGGGUUCCCGGUGUAUGGAGCUAACUUUGCCAGCGCUCCGAACUAUAUUCAAAAUCGCUUCCCCGCCGGUAACUUCAACGGUGCCAGCUCUUCUGCUUCGUUCGGACCGGGUGGAUUCCACCAGACGGCUGCAGUGUAUCCCGGCAAUCCGGCCGUACCGAAUGUAGACACCCGUUUCGGUGGUUCGGAACAGGCGACCAGCUUCCAGAGCGGCAAACCAGGAUUCGUCGGUGUGUCCAGCUUCUCGUCCUCCUCCAACAUUAACGGCCAGACGCACCGCGAAGCAGUGACGACGGUGAACGAUAAUGGCAAGGUGACGACCCAUCGCGUCCACUCUUAAACUGCGUCUUCAAUGACCAUCAUCAGCAUGCGACAACGGACGAAAUGCCUGACCCCGGAAUAGCAGAACAACGGAACAACGACUUAGAGUAGAGACAAUCUCACGACCUACCCUCUGAGAGUGCAGUCAGCUUUGCUCCGGUGGAGCUUAACAUUAAACCGAAACAAGCAAUGUGUCAGUGUACACCUUCUCAGGAUUGAGCGGACCGAAUGCGGAUGCGACUACUACUACUACUACUGUGUGCUGUGCGGACAUGUGAGGUGGUAGCGAGGCGAUAGUCCACCGGACACUAAACUUGUGUAGGAGUGUGUGUGUGUGAAUGUAUUUUUAGCGAGCGAAACGUACUUAUGUGCUAAAAAUUUUACAACUUUACUAAGCAUUUCGAUAAUUUUAUCCAAUAUGUAAGACUGUCCACACCUGUCCACACCUGGUGAUCGACAAUAAAGCAGAAGAGUUAUCAAUAAGCUGAA